AACCUUUCCUUUUCCCGUUUCUAAGCGGAAGUGUAAAAGACUGUGAGCUUGAGCCGUGUGCCAGUUUCUCCUUCGUAGCCAUCAUGUUCGGUCAGGCCGUCCGGAGGUUUGCUACCUCUGCCAUCCGUAGCUCCCAUUAUGCAGAGGGCCCAGGCAAGAACCUGCCAUUCUCUGUGGAAAACAAGUGGCGUCUCUUGGGUUUGAUGACUCUUUUCUUCGGCAGUGGAUUUGCCUUUCCAUUUGUCAUUGUUAGACACCAGCUGCUGAAAAAGUAACCGUCCCAGAAUUAAGAGGAGCAAAAGAUCCUCCGUGUCAGAGACCAUAUUUAAAAGUUCUUUACCAUGCAAGACAUGGGUUGUAAAUAAAAAAUUAAGACCUCCUGAA